AUCCCCACCAGCCAACAAAGGGGCCUACCCAGUGUACAUCCUUGAAGUUGGAUACACCUCUGACCUGCACCACAGCGAGAAGCUCAUUCAAAAACAAGCACAGCACGCCACCCUUGCCACUGCCAUGCGAGCUGCAGGGUGGACUGUGCACUACGAUACUAAACACGUUAUUACACUGGGCCACGGUGGCACUGUCCCCCGUACCCUUGAAACUCUCCUCAAAGACCUAGGAGCCAAACCGCAGGCAGCCAAGGCCUGCUGCACACGUCUCCACAUGCAUAGCGUCACCACACUCCGGGGCACCGCAAACCUGUACUACCGGCUAGAGCGAGAGAUGGGCAUUGCCAACACCCGAUGCCGCCCGGGAGGCCGCACCCAGGGGACCGCCAAUGGCGGCCCCCGCGCAGGGGAGCCGGGCCCCACUGGUAGCCCCACCACUCCGCCGCCCUCGCCAUCUCCAUCUCCUUCACCGCCCGCGCCCACUGCAUCUGCCCCACCGUCCCCACCAGCUCCCCUCCAGCAGCAGUCGUCGCCCCCACCGGCGUCACCAAUGAUCGUAGCCACCUUCCGCUCCUUCUCCUUGGGGUGCUUUGCCUUUGACGUCGUCUCAGCCUCUCCAUCGUUGCGCGCACUGCCUGUUACCCUCGCCACCAACGACGCGGCAAUGACGGUGGCCAAGUGCGCCGGGCUCACCCAGGCUGCAGGCUUGGACCACUACGGGCUCACGAACGGGCACACCUGUGUCGGCGGCGUCAACCGGCAGCAGGCGACCCAGUACGGCUCGCUGCCCGAAUCCGCGUGCGGCCGGCCUUGCCCCGGUGACUCCCGCCAGACCUGCGGCGGUGGCCCCAUCGACAGCGCCGACAGCGCCGGCACACAGCUGUCAGCCUUGAGCCUCUACUCAUUCAACCCCGCCAGCCCCCCACCGCGCCCGCCGCCGCGCGCACCACGCACCAGGCCCGCCCGCCCGGGCAGCGCUGCCAAGCCGCCCUCGCCGGCCCCGCCUCAGCCCACCCCGCCGUCGCCCUCACGUCGGGCUGAGGCACAGGCCCUCACCCGGACGGCCGCUGCCGACCUGCCAGCCCUCCAGAAGGACGUCAGCCCAACCAUCAACGGCAUCCCCAGCGCCCGCAGCCUGCUGCUGCUAAGCCCCACUGCCGUGCCGGUCUUCACGGCCACCCUGCUGGGCGCAUCUGCUGCGGAGCUCAGGGCGCCCGUGCUCGCCUCGGCGCGUGUGGGCAUGGGCCGGCUGGUCGCGUUCGGUUCCGAGGCCAUGCUCACAAGCUGCUGCAACCAGCAGGGAGCUGCGGCUGCUGCUGAUGGUUCCGAGUCAGCGGCCGAGAUCAACAAGAUCAUUGCCAACGCCGCAAACUGGGCGUGCGCGGCGGCUGGGGCUGCUGGCCGCAAGGCCAACAUUCGAGUGGCCGACCCACGCCUAGACGCCGUGGCCAGGUUCAUCGUGAGCAUGCUGCCCGACAUCUUUGCCAAGUCCCGCCAGGACUAUUACAUGUCACUAACCACCUUUGCGAAGGGCGGACAUGCGAGGUGCGACGUGUACCUGGUGCUGGGAGCCGACCCGCAGCAGCGCUACGACACCAAAGUCCGCGACGCGCUGCGGAGCUUCCUUGAGAAUGGCAAGGGAGUACUGCUUGCCGGACCCGUGGUGGCGGACGCGGGCGUUUCAGGGGCUGCGGCGCCCGUACCGUCGGACGAGUGGACUCUGCCAGACAUCAUGUUUACGAAGCAGAACGGUGUCACGGCUGUUGCCUCCGCAACGGCCGUGGCACCUAGCGGCGUGGCCGCUGAGCAUUUCCGUGAGCUGCUGUCACGCCUACUGCAGAUCAAGGCCCGAAGCUCGAGCCCUGAGUUCAUCAGCUUGAAGGCGCGGGUGUUGAGGGCACGGUCCGACAUUGCUGCCACUGACAUGUCGCAGUUUGAUGAGGUCCUGAAAGCGAAGAUUGCAGAGUUUGAUCGUGACAUCGCGGAGCCGUAGUAACAUGUGUGCACGUUUGGUGGGCUGCUUGCUUUGCGCUUUGCUGCACAAGCAUAAGCGGACAACCGACAGUUAGUUGGGGGUUGUUAUCAGCUUGCUCCAAAGGUGACUUGUGUAGCUUGUUGCUUCGUGUUCUGCACGUAGCGCUUGCUUCUAGCAAUGGCUGCACGUGUGAUGAGUUAGUUGCGGAGUUGUGUCUGCUUUUCACACAAGCAAGGAUUCACCUGCUGGGCGGGCUUUUCAAUAUUCAUGCUCAUGUGUGUUUCAUGUGAACCUAACCCGCUGUGAACCUGCUGUAAGCCCACCAGCCAGUGCGCGUCUCCCAUCCAUCCAUGACCCUGUUACAUAUAGCAGCACCCGCGCGCUCUCGCUUGCAAGCGCCGAAGUAAGCCUGUCGCUGCUCUGCGCGGGCCGGCCACGUCCUGCUGGGCGGACACCUUUUGCAGCGCGAUGUGUUGGGGCCCGACUACACCGGAGCUUCUCCCAGCGGCAGUCGUAUGACGACGCCUGCGGCUGUUACGUUCGUCGCAAGGGGGAUGCGCUUGAACACAGAUGUUGCUGGUGAUGUCCGACGUUGAUGUCAGGUAUUGCACCAAAGUAAACCAGGCCUUGAUAAAUCCACUGGGUCGUCGUUGGCGGUCAGGAUAUAGUUGUAGGCUUGGGCGCCGAGCCAGGAGGGCUGGGGUCGCGCAAGGCCUGAGAGAGAAUGUGCCGGGGCGGACUGCGGGCAAUGACACGAGCGUGUCAAGCCGAGCACAAGCCCAAGCAACGGCACUCUUUGGGCGCUGUCUCACUCAGCUGCCUUCUCCCGUAAUAUAAACACAAGCUGGCUGCUGUAGGCCAAGCGUCGGGCUGGCGAAGCAACCGAGAUGGAACCGGAAUCUCAAUAGGCAGUCCGUUGUUUCCAAACAGAGCUCAGAUGUGAGCUGGAGGUCUUGUUGGAGGUCUUGAAUAGCUCAGGGUCUUGACCCAGUGGAGUCGGUGACGAUUCGAUGCUCGCAAGCCGGUCUUCACGUUGGGGUCGUCAGGAGAAUCUCAGAGUAGUCUUAAAUAGAAGAUACACCAGAUGGAUAGCUGAAUCCAGAAAGAAGGUCAAAGCCUUGGCAGAGCUGUCGGCAGGUGGCGAUGACCUUGGCCGAGGGGCUCGCGGGGCUCGUUGACGUCGCUCAGGCGCUUGAAGCCGCCGAAUUACGCAGUUGAGAUGCGUAUGAUACCACAGGACCGCGUCGCAGGGGCAGACGGGUCACGAAGAGUCGCGCACGGGGUCGAUGCGACCAGGCGUGCGGAUGCGGAAGCCGGGGCACAGGGGCCCGCUGAAACGGAGGCUCGGGCGGAAGGCCGAUGCCUCAAUCACUGUCGCGCCUUGGCGCUGGAAACUUGCGGACAGGCUUGCUGUCAAGGGAGAAGAGCCCUUGAGGGCUGGGAGACUGUUCUUCCGGUAUGAGCAAGGUUCGUG